AUGCUUCUCAAUUUUGCCAUAAUCGCAGUUACUCUGUUAAUAGAGGCCUACGGGACACCCAUCGAUUCCGUAGAAGAAAUACAGCUCUGGAGACGUCAAGAUGAAAACAUCGUCGUAGAUGCCCCUGGAGAUACACCUCUAGAUCUUGUGGAACCAGUCAACAUCGAUCCACUGACAGAUGUGCACAACACUCGCCUAAUCGGAGAUCUGAUCAAUGGAGCGACUACCCCUGUUGGAAAUAGCAUCCUGAACAUACUUCUAGGAAAAGAAAAGGCAGAAUCCAAAUACAAUGGCUACAAGGCGCCAGGUUGCGUGUGGUCUCACAUAUCAAAAGCAAUGACUUCGACUUUCGUAGGAAAUAAAAGACAAUGCAACAACCUCGCCCGACAAGCCAUUCGUCUCGGAUUCCACGAUGCCGCAACAUGGUCCAGCGACCUCGCUUCACAGGGACAAGACUUUGGUGGUGCCGAUGGCAGUCUCAUCCUAUCCGAUACUGAACUAGAACGUUCCGAGAACCGCGGUCUUCAAGACAUCGCAAUACAGAUGCGAACCUGGCAGAAGAAAUUCGGCGUAUCGAUGGCGGAUCUCAUCCAGUUCGGUGCGGUCCACGCUGUGGUGACUUGUCCACUGGGACCACGCAUUCGAUUCUUUGCAGGUCGCAAAGCCUCUAAUGUAUCAGCGAUCGAAGGCCUGCUACCUUCCGUCACAGCACCCGCAGAGGAUUUGAUCGACUUGUUCAGGGCCAAGACUAUCGAGCCGCAURAGCUUACUGCUCUCYUGGGUGCUCACUCUACAAGUACACAAAGAUUUGUGGAUCCAAAAUUAGCGGGUCAGCCUCAAGAUAGCACGCCUGGGAUCUGGGAUGUUAAAUUUUACAACGAGACGAUUCAGACUCGACCGAGGAAGAUCUUUCGUUUGCAAUCUGAUGUUGCUUUGGCUGCACAUCCCGCUGUUAAGGAGGAGUGGAUGAAAUUCAUCGAUCCGAAAGAUGGGCAGGAUCAUUGGAACUCCGGUCAGUAUAUUUUCUUGGGCUUCCAGCCAUUCGUGCAUUACUGUAAGCGGUACUAA